UUGGUCAUGUUCAGAGCUUGACCUGAACGAGAUUCGCCUGAUAGUUUACCAGGACUGUGAAAGGAGAGGCAGACAAGUCUUGUUUGAUUCUAAGGCUGUUCACAAGAUUGAAGAGGUGGCAACUCAGAAAACGGAGGAUGUCCCUAUUAAAAUGUCAGCCAAGUGCUGUCAGGGAAGCAGCAGCAGCGACAGCAGCAGCAGCAGCAGCAGCAUCUCUUCCCAUAGUUCCUCUGGGGGAUCUUUACAACAUGCUAAGGAGCAGCUUCCAAAAUACCAGUACACAAGACCAGCUUCCGAUGUCAACAUGCUUGGGGAGAUGAUGUUUGGCUCAGUUGCAAUGAGUUACAAAGGCUCCACCUUAAAGAUACAUUACAUACGUUCUCCUCCCCAACUCAUGAUUAGUAAAGUCUUCUCUGCGAGAAUGGGCAGCUUCUGUGGGAGUGCAAAUAACUUGCAAGACAGCUUUGAGUACAUCAACCAGGAUCCCAAUCUGGGAAAACUGAACACAAAUCAGAAUAACCUGGGUCCUUGUCGUACUGGAAGUAACCUAGGUCUGCUGCAGGCAUGCAGCAGCAAGCUGCUGCAGGGGGUAGCAGAAGGAGGACCUCUCCGGCUCACCCGGAGUGCUUCUUUCUUUGCAGCACACAGCACUCCAGUUGACAUGCCAAGCAGAGGACAGAAUGAAGACAGGGACAGUGGCAUCGCUCGAUCAGCCUCACUAAGCAGCCUUUUGAUUACACCUUUCCCAUCUCCAAGCUCCUCUGCAUCCUCUUCCAGCAGUUACCAGCGCCGCUGGCUUCGAAGUCAGACAACAAGUUUGGAGAACGGCAUCUUUCCAAGGAGGUCAACUGAUGAGACAUUCAGCUUGGCUGAAGAAACCUGUAGUUCUAACCCGGCCAUAGUUCGGAGGAAGAAAAUUGCCAUAAGCAUCAUCUUUUCCCUGUGUGAGAAAGAAGAAGCCCAAAGAAAUUUCCAGGACUUCUUUUUUUCUCAUUUCCCCCUGUUUGAGUCUCACAUGAAUAGGCUGAAGAGUGCAAUUGAAAAGGCCAUGAUCUCCUGUAGGAAGAUAGCAGAAUCGAGCCUCCGUGUCCAGUUUUAUGUCACCCGUCUGAUGGAAGCUUUGGGGGAAUUCAGAGGGACUAUCUGGAACUUGUAUUCUGUUCCAAGGAUAGCGGAACCCGUAUGGCUUACCAUGAUGUCCAGCACUUUGGAAAAAACCCAGCUUUGCCAGCGUUUUCUCAAGGAGUUUACACUUCUUAUAGAACAGAUCAACAAAAACCAGUUUUUUGCUGCCUUACUGACUGCGGUGUUAACCUACCACCUGGCCUGGGUUCCGACUGUCAUGCCUGUUGACCACCCUCCCAUUAAAGCCUUCUCAGAGAAACGCACCUCCCAGUCAGUGAACACGCUGGCCAAAACACAUCCGUAUAAUCCUCUCUGGGCGCAACUGGGCGAUCUCUACGGAGCCAUCGGCUCUCCCGUGAGGCUGACUCGCACUGUGGUCUUGGGGAAGCAGAAGAGUUUGGUCCAACGCAUACUUUACGUCCUGACCUACUUUCUCCGUUGCUCUGAGCUGCAAGAGAACCAGCUGACCUGGAGCGGGAGUCAUGGAGAAGACGACCAGAUGAUAAACGGGAGCAGCAUCACCACGGCCUUGGAGAGGGGGGAGGUGGAGGAGUCUGAGUACGUGGUAGUCACAGUGAGAAGUGAGCCUGCUCUCCUUCCCCCCAUCCUGCCACCAGCGACGACAGCCGAGGGACGGAGCCCCAGGCCUGAGGGUUUGGCUGGGACCCCAGAGGGCACCGAUAUUAGCGACCUAUAUCCCAGGCCUGACAAAGAAGGAAACAAGAGUUCUGUGGCCUGCAGCCUGGGAUACCAAGAGCCAGCACUGGACAGCUCUUGGAAACCUCGGAACGUGUUUUCUGGGGAGGAAGAAAGUAAAAACGAGGCACUAGGUGAUGGCUGUUCCAGAUUCUCCAGCUGUGAAGGUUUGGGGGUGCGAUUGAAGGUCAGUGAGGAGUUGAAAGGGGAGAUGCCUAAGAAGCUACCAGACCGGUCAGCCGCCUGGCCUUGCCCUGACGGACGUUCCCGGGAGAAGCUACCCUUAGAAAAGGUUACUUUCCAGAUUGGAAGCUCCGUGUCUCCAGAGUCUGACUUUGAAAGCCGCACCCAAAAAAUGGAGGAACUGCUAAAGGCCUGUGGACAAUAUCCUGAGUUAGCCAGGCGUCCCUCAGUUGAGCCCAGGGUGACCGCGGACAUGGCUCUGGACCAGCAGCCUCCUGGGUGCUCCUUCCCACCUGGCUUCCGAAAGGUCUGCUGCCCUCAGAAUCAGCCAUCCGAGGGGAAGGAAGGCAAGCCUGACAGGGGUCACACUGGGGACAGAGGCCUUGGAGCCCGGGUGGCCGCAGAUACUACCAGGCAGCUCACCCCACCUGCUGGCUCGUUUGUACCUGAUGCCAGUGCGACAGGGACUGAGCAGAGGACGCCGGAGAAAGCCCGAGGUUUGUAUUCGCAGGAUGAGGAAGGACCUUUGUUGGAGCCUGUUCCCAGCAGGUGCGUGCAGCAGGACUCUGGUGUCUCGGUUGCUGCAGAUGUCCCCUGUGGGGAUGCCGACCGGAAGGCCGACUUCAGGAUCGAAGGAGACAUUCCCAGAAACGAAAGUUCCGAUAGCGCUCUUGGGGACAGUGACGAUGAAGCAUGUGCUUCAGCCACGCUGAAUCUAGGUCACAGUAGUGACCAGACUGAUGGGUCCUUGGAGGUGGAGCUGCCUCUGCCAAGGUCGCAGAGCAUCAGCAACCCGAAUGUGAGAAACUUUGGCCGCUCCCUUCUGGCAGGUUAUUGCCCCACGUACAUGCCUGAUCUGGUGCUUCAUGGGACCGGCAGCGAUGAGAAGCUGAAGCAGUGCCUGGCGGCCGAUCUGGUCCACACGGUCCGUCAUCCAGUGCUCGAUGAGCCGAUAGCCGAAGCUGUCUGUAUUAUCGCAGACACGGAUAAGUGGAGUGUCCAGGUGGCCACAAGUCAGAGGAAGGUGAUGGACAACAUGAAACUAGGCCAGGAGGUCUUGGUCUCUAGUCAGGUGUCCAGUUUACUACAGUCUAUUUUACAGCUUUACAAGCUUCACCUCCCUGCUGAUUUUUGCGUCAUGCACCUGGAAGAUCGACUGCAAGAGAUGUACCUGAAAAGUAAGAUGCUGUCUGAAUACCUUCGUGGGCACACACGAGUCCACGUGAAAGAAUUAGGUGUCGUACUGGGGAUUGAAUCGAAUGACCUGCCUCUGUUGACUGCUAUCGCCAGUACUCAUUCUCCUUACGUCGCUCAAAUACUCUUAUAAGCUAAAGCUCAGGACAGUUCUUCCUUGGAAGAAGAAGAAGAAAAAAAAAAAACAAAAACAGAUUCUCAACUGAAGAGGAAGGAAAGACCUCUCUGUGAUGUCAAAAACAGAAGAAGAGCAAACAGAAACAGUCAUUCCACCACUUUGUUCUGUUUUGUUUUAUUGCUUUCAAGUGGAUGCUUCAUUGGAACUUAGGUUUACUUGACAUGACAGCGUUUGUGUUUUUCAUGAACACUGUAGGCCUCUUGUUACCCGUGAAUCAGCAGAGAGAGUGACCGUUUUGGUAGGAGGAAGCAUAAGCACUACAGUAAACACUAAGCUGUUGGUACAGAUUGCCUUGUGUGUUUGGGCUCAAUAAUGACAAGUGACUUUGGAGCAGGGGGUAAACAAUAUAUGUACCAUUCCAGCAGGAAAAUGUUUCAGAGCUUAAGCAUGGGCGCUCCACACUGGAGAAAGCAGAAAGCACAUUUUGCUAUUCUAAGAAGUCAUAAAAAGGGCUGCAGAUUCCAGGUCAGAGUUUGCUUUUUACAAAAGGCGAAAUAAAGCCACGUUGUGCCAUCUUCAGCUCUGGCGGCUAUAGAAGUUAACUAACAUUAAACAUGAAAGAGGAUUGACCCUUGGGAAGAGAGUGCUUUAGGGACCCACUGUUUUCACGUCUUCUUGGAGUUUACCUUGUCUCAGAUGCAGCGACAGGUAGGUUAGAGAUGGAUUGUUGGUGCAAUAAACCCAAAAAUCAAUGUAGCAUCUUAAUCCCGUCAAGAUGGAGUUCGCAGCAGCAAAGUACCAUAUGUGUAACCUUAUAUACUUAAGAGCUUUCUGCAGCCUCUUUAAGAGAGGCCAUUUACCAAAGUUGUUUCUAUAAGCUCAAGAGUGUUUCUGUUGCUAAAUUCUUCCAGCCAAAGCCACUUUCUUCCUAUAAUAGUUGAUACAAAUGACUGUUUAUACUUUAAAAGGCACAGCUGUCCUGGUGGGAAAUGAAACCUGCAACAGUUCGGGAUGACUGAGGAAAGUAACUAGUUUGAACGUUUAUAAACAAAUCAUAUAUGGUCUGAAUUUUUACCUUAUCAUUUCUGUGCUUUCUAAUCUCUACUUUUCAAAGCACCUUUCCAGAAAUUAACUCACCCAUAGUAUAAAACCUGCCAAAAUGAGGAAUUGUUUAUUUAUUAGUAUAGUUCACUUAAAAAAAAAAAAAGAAAACCUCAAUUUUCUGUUAAUAUAAAAUAAGAAACUUUACUUAGUUUACUGACCAUGAACUAUGACCAUGUCAGGCAGUAUAUUGACAUCCAGGAUAAAGGAACAGACUUUAAAAAUUGAUCAUUAAAAGACAGGAGCUAAUCUAAUAAAGCAAAACAUUGUUAGCACCUUGAAGAUCUUGAGUACAGCUAAUUAUAACCAUGCUCCAAUUUCCUUUCACUCUUUUAUGAAUUAAUUCCAACCCUUUCCAUGUAUCCUUUGUACCUAAGAAUAUGAGGUAACUUCCCUAUUAGGGGUUAGAAUGAAUUCAGAUUUUCUACUUGAUAAAAUUAUAUCCUAAACACCAAGUUACAUAAGUGUGUCUCUUCCUUUACAAAUGCAAGUUAGUUAUUUGUCUAAGAGUAAAGCAGCACCAAUGGAGAAAAAUAGGUGUAUUAUUUCUUAGGAAUAAUUCCUAGGAAUAGGUCAGAAUUGCUGCCUUUCCGCCUCUUUCUUUUUUUAUGAUGUGAAAUGUAGACGGGUGCAUUAAAGCUCCUAAGAUCUUUAGUUUUUAUUUUAUACCUUCCAUAAAAUUGAACUUUUCCAUUUUUUAAAGAUUUUUUUCUAUUUCCUUUUGCCUAACAUCUGGGUGUAGUGUUUUAAAUUCUCUAGUUUCAUGACAUCAUUGCUCGUUGUUGUGUUACAUGGAGGGAAUGAACCUUACCUGUGGCUCAGCUCAGUCAUCAUUUACUUUUCAUUACAUGUAAAUAAAUUGAAAUAGCUGAUGUUAUAUCAUUUCCAUCUGCACCAGUUUAAAGCAUUCCUCAUCUCUAGUUCCCUCUUCCUUGUUUACACAUUUGGGGCACUUUCCCUCAUUCACCACCUUCCAGGGUUUCAUAGAAAAUAGCUACAUACAUCGUCAGUUCCAUUUUAAUGUGGACAUAGUGGCAUGUUGAAAAUUAGACCCAUAUAGGGGGAAAUCAAGUUUAAAAGGCUGCUUCUAAACUUUGUACAUAAAAGAGUUAGUCCAAUGCCCUCAAAGCCUGAGAAAAUUUAAUUUGCCUCUUAAUCUACUAUUCCAAAACUCUCUCUUGGAAAAUGUCUGUUGGAAAGCGACAGGUGGGUCACCUGUGGGGAUUGUCUCAGUGAUGCUCAGGAUCCCAGUGAGAAUCUAACCCUCACAUCUGUCGCCUGCUGAAGACAGACCACGAAUGUUGCUGCUCUUUUGUAAUCCUCCUUUAAAUAACAUUCAAGUUUUGUUUGUCUUAAAUCCGAACUCUUCCCAAAAGUGGAAAAGAACGAAAUCUCAUGGAAUAGUGUUGAGAUACACUCUCUCACACACCGUGCACCACCCAGUGACUUCAUUCUGUCUUAGCUGAAGAGGCAUGAAAGGAAUCCCGCCCUCUUCCAUGCCCACCUCAAGAAAAAUAUAAAAUUUUUUUAAAAAAUUGAGAAAACUACCUCAGUUGACAGGAUUCCACCUUUAGGGUUUCUUCAACUUUUAAGUCUUACCUGUUGAGUGUACCUUUUGUAGCAUCUUGCUUUUUCAAGCAAGCUAGUGAGGCAUGACGGAGCAGAAUUGUGUAAAUGUAACUGUGAUGGACCUCUUUCUAGCAUGUUGCAGUUUUAUUUUUAAUAGAUCGAUGAGUGAUAUGAAUGUAAAGAUAAUUGUGUACGUUUAAACAUGACAAUGAAAAUUUAAUAUGUAGCUUCCAUUCUUGUGCAUAAUUCCAAAGUAUUUUAUUUUUAUCAGUGUUAAAUAGCUUUUUGUACAGGCUUCAAUCCAUUUUUCUGAAGUGUGCUGUUUUUUAAUGAAAGUAACUAUAAUCUUUUCACAUCCCAUGGAACUGCCGUUUACACAUCGCAACUUUUUAAACUUACCGUAUUUUUCAAAAUUAACUUUUUUGGAGGGAGAAGAAUCCCUGCUUGCUAAAUUAUACUAAACUGUUGUUUAGGCUCUUAUAAUUAGAUCCUGAGAUUUUAUAAAAAUUUAGUCUGUAGCUUUUUAGGUUCUUCACUUGAGUUGAUUGUACAUAAAAAUAAAGAAUAUAAAAUGACCCCAAAAUUCUUUUAAAUGUCUGGAUUUUUCCACCCAUAUGUCCUUUUGAAAGUAUUUUGUUCAUGCAUACUUUCACCAUUUAAAAAAAAAAAGAAUCUUUAGCUUCUCUUGGUAAAUGUGAACCAUUUUUUUUUUUUUCUGCUUGGGGGAAGGAAUAUUAUAAUAUUUGCCUAAAUCAAGCAGCCCCCUCUGAAUGUUUAUUUUUAAAUGUCAAAAUUUGGUGAACCAUAUAUCUUGGCCGCAAGAUUGCAGUGUGCUUAAAUUUAAGUUGUGUAAAAAAGGAGAAAAUCUGGGAUUUGUUAUAAUCGAAGCUCCAUUAAGACAAGUUGAUAGGACUUUAUUUUUUUGAUCAGUUAGAUAUCAAUGUCAAUAUAUGGAAAAUUUUUCUUAAAACUUGUUCAUGUAUUAUUUUGAUCCUUUUUUCCGUGGCAUUUGGUGCAAUAAACCUUUUGAAUUUAUCCUGAA